CGGAAGUUACCCGGGAGAUAAAUGAUGCAACACAGAAGCUUCCGGAACAGCUAAAGGUCGCUAAGUAGACGCGUUAGCCGGACUCGAGUGCCGACGUCGCACCAGAUUUCUUCCCCAGAAAAGACAUAUUUUAAGACGUGAGUUGUGUAUUUUGACACCAUGCCGAGAGGAAGCAGAAGCAGAACAUCGAGGAUGACUUCCCCAGCCAGCCGGGCACCUCCACCGCCUCCCCCUCCACCCCGCGCACCGGUUCCAGUGCACACCCCCCCGACCGCCGUCGCCGCCCCGGCGGCGGCGCCCCGACAGCCCGGCAUGUUUGCCCAGAUGGCGACGACCGCCGCCGGGGUGGCGGUGGGCUCUGCUGUCGGGCACACCCUCGGCCACGCCAUGACGGGGGCCUUCAGCGGGGGGAGUUCGGAGCCCGCGAGGCCUGAUGUCACGUACCAGGAGCCCCCCCAGGCCCAGCCGUACCAAACGCAGUCUCCCUACCAGCAGCAGAACAGCCCGCAGCAAGCGUGCUCCUAUGAACUCAAACAGUUCAUCGACUGCGCUCAAUCGCAAAGCGAUCUGAAACUCUGCGAGGGCUUCAGCGAGGUGCUCAAACAGUGCAAGUUUGCUAAUGGUCUGUCUUGAAUUACAUGCAGAAAUCUCGGAGAGGACAGCAUAGACUCGCCAUUGCCAGGCGUCAACGUGUUCUAAAUAAAAGAUCGACAAAUGUCCUUUUAACAGUUGAUUAUCUCGAGACGAUAUCGGUCCAUUCAAUCAUUAGGAGACGAUGACAGAGCUUGUAGUCAUGUUGACGUAUAAAUAUAUUCCUGUUUUGAGUUUCUGUUUGCAUUUCAUUAUCUGCAGCGGCGCUCGCGAUGUUAUGAUUCCAGAAUGGCACAGUUGCUGCUUGAAAUCAAAACAUUAAAGCAUUUUGGUCAUGAAGGCAACA